AUGAAAUUCACUUUUUUUCUAAUUAAAUUCAUUGUUCUUAUAUUGUGUAUAUAUAAGUUUUUUUUAAAAGCUAAUAUUGUAAAAAUAUUUAAAAAUAUAAGAUACUUCAUAUUCGUUAAUAACGGUAGUGUUUUUAACAUAGUAAAAAAAAUUAACUUGAAAAAGUGUAAUAAGAAUAUAAAGAAUAUGGAUACACAGGAAAAUUUAUUUAUCGAUAUUGGAUCAAAUUUAACGGAUAAAAUGUUUGAUGGAAUCUACAAUAAGAAAAAGCAUGAAAAUGAUUUAAAAUAUGUUUUGAAUAGGGCAAAGAAUAACAACGUUGAGAAAAUUAUAAUAACAUGUACCUGCCUGGAAGACAUUGAUAAAUCUCUAGAAAUUUGUGAAACAUACGAUCCUGAGGGCAAAUUUCUUUUUUUAACUGCUGGUGUACACCCAACAAAUUGCUUUGAAUUUAUUGAAAAAAAAACUAGUGAAGAAAAAGACAUACUGGCAAAAAAAGAAUUUGAAAACUUUAUAAAAUAUUUUAAAAAUGAAAAAAACAUAAUGAACGAAAAUUCAAAGUAUGGCUCUUCUGCCGAUAGCAAGGAUAAUAAUGCAAAAUUAGAAUGUGCUAAAAUAUGCCAGGAAAAACAGUGCCCUGACGAUACGCUAAAAGACACCUUCAUAAUUCCAGGUUUUGUUUAUAAUGAAAAAGAUCAGUAUUAUUUAGAGAAAUUAAAAAAAAAAAUAGAAAAUCAUGGCGACAGAAUUGUGUGUAUUGGCGAAAUAGGAUUAGAUUUCGAUAGAUUAUUUUUUUGCCCUAAAUAUAUACAAAUUAAAUAUUUUAUAUAUCAAUUAAAAUUAGUUGAAAUAUUUAAAUUGCCCAUUUUUUUACAUAUGAGAAACUGUUCUGAUAUAUUUUUUGAAAUUUUGGAAAAAUACAAAUCAUUAAUUGAAGAUGUUGGAGCAGUUAUUCAUAGUUUUACGGAUAAGGAAGAGAUAAUUGAAAAAAUAAGUAAUUACAAAAAUUUAUAUAUAGGGGUAAAUGGUUGUUCUUUAAAAACAAUUGAGAAUAUAAAUGCAGUUAAAAAAAUACCCUUAAAUCUUUUAUUAUUAGAAACAGAUGCGCCAUGGUGUUCAAUAAAAAAAACACACGCAUCGUAUCACUUCAUUAAAGACAAAUAUGAAAAAAGAAAUUACAUAAACUUGAAAAAAAUAAGAAACGUAAUUCAGUGCGAUGAUACAACUAUAUUCAGGGAGCGAAAUGAGCCUUAUAAUAUUGUAGAUAUAGCAGAAUUAACAUAUAAAAUAAAGGGGCCCAAUAUUCCUUUCGAUGAAUUUUGCAAGAAAGUUAGAUGUAACACACUGAAUUUGUUCAAGAAGCUAAGGUAG